GUCAGCUUUGCUCUAGUCAGCUGAGUAAAGAAGUAUUGAAUAGGAGUCUCGUAUAGGGGUGGGGAAGCUUAAUUCAUACAGCUUUCUUACAAUUAAUGCAAACGUUUGCUAGAAACCUUAGUUUAAAUCAAAUCCGAAGUAACUUCUGUAACAUAAGAGAUCGACCUCCCUUUACCCUAUAAGAGAAGAUGAUUGAAACACUUGUAACAUCAGACGCUCAAGACCUUCUUUACCAGUUGAACUCACUCUUCGAGCAGGAGCUGAAAUGUCAGCCAAAGGCUUGUGGCUUGCGCCUUAUUGAAACAACUCAUGACAAUGGCCUUCGGAUGACUGCUAGACUUCGUGACUUUGAAGUGAAAGAUUUGCUUAGCUUAACUCAGUUCUUUGGUUUCAGUACAGAAACAUUCUCUUUAUCUGUUAAUCUUUUGGAUCGAUUCCUGUCCAGAAUGAAAAUACAGCCAAAACAUCUAGGCUGUGUAGGACUCACCUGUUUCUACCUCUCUGUAAAAGCAACUGAAGAAGAAAGAAAUGUGCCAUUGGCGACAGACCUAUUAAGAAUAAGUCAGUACAAAUUCACAGUUUUUGAUAUGAUGAGAAUGGAAAAGAUUGUUCUAGAGAAGCUGGGUUGGAAAGUUAAAGCCACAACAGCAUUCCACUUCUUACAACUUUACCAUUCCCUUGUUUAUGAGAACUUGACUAACGAAAGGAAGAAACUUUUUGUGCUUGACAAACUUGAAACACAUCUUAAAGCCUGUCAUGGUAGAAUUGGAUUCUCCAAAGCAAAGCCGUCUGUAUUGGCUUUGUCUGUGUUGGCUCUGGAAAUACAGGAGCAGAAGUUGUUUGAACUGAUUGAUGCAUUGGAAUCUCUCCAAGUUUAUUCUAAGAUAAGCAGCAGAGAUUUGUUUUGUUGGAAAGAACUAGUAUCAAAGUGUCUGGCAGAAUAUUCUACAAGCAAAUGUUCCAAACCAAAUGUUCAGAAACUCAAAUGGAUUGUGUCUGGUCGCACAGCAAGGCAGCUGAAGCAUAGUUAUUACAGAAUAGCACAUCUUCCUACUAUUCCAGAGUCUGGCUCAUGAAAAGAUCAGAGCAUAGAACCAUCUACACUGUUGCUUUUUUAAAUUAUUUUUAUUUAUGGACUAUAAAUCUAAAAUACAGAAAUAUGGAACCUGGAGAAGAUUUGGCA